CAAAUAAUGGAUAAAGAGGUUAAUUGCCAAGAGACAGUGUCAGUUGGUGAUUAUAUAAUAAUUCAGAAGCAGGAUUACCGAAAAGUAUGCCGAAUAACACGUGAUGGAACGUUUACGUUGGGCAAGGAGCAGGUUGAGAUGUCCGGGAUCAUCAACAAGCCUUACUGGACGACAUUCAAGAUGAUCGGGCCGGUGUCGAGCUUGAAAAAUGGUUUGAAAACAAUAACUCUGGAGGUUGCGGAGAAAGCCGAAACGUCGGAGAACAUCCACAAAGGCCUGGCCAGCGGGAGCGAUAACAGAUCAAUCAAUGACGAUGGUACGUCUCAAAAAUUAUCUAAAGCUGAAAUAGAAGAUUUACGCGAGGCCGGUAAAUCAAGUAAGGAAAUAGUUGGAUACUUAAUUGAAAACAGCAGCUCAUUUUCCUCGAAAACAGAGUACUCACAGGAAAAGUAUAUUAAAAAAAAAGAAACAAAGUACUGUAGGUAUCUUACUAUAUUAAAACCAACGGUGGGAUUGUUACAGGAAAUUUAUUUCAGGCAAGAUCCUGGGAGAGUUAAUUGUUUGAGAAUGGACACCUUGUCACAGAUAUUGUCUUACUGCGACGUUAAAUCCGAGGGCAAGUAUCUGCUGUACGAUGGUGGAUCCUGUGGUCUGGCUUCUGCUGCGAUGUUGAGCAGGAUUGGUGCCAACACACAAGAGGAGCUGGCGAAAAAGUACGCGCUCUCGGCGCUCAGACGGCAAAACUCAGAGAACCACGAUGUAAAUCAUCAGGCGAAGAAGCCGAGACUGGAGCCAGAAGUCGAGGAUGAUUCUACGACCACCAGCGAAGAAGAGGAGAAAAAAUUAAACGAUGUUAUUAUGGAGACUGACAUCGAGGCUGCUGAUGAGCUUAUCAAGACGGCGGCCUUCAAAAAACCCAAGUGGUUUCAGGAAACCAAGGAGGUUGUUGACUGUUUAAAACUAUCAAAGGCUGAUGGGUUGGCUAUUGUUGCCAAGGAGCAUCCUUUGAAUAUUGUUAAUGCUUUAUUACCUUAUUUGGAGGUUUCUAAACCUUUUGUUAUUUAUCAUUGUUAUCGAGAGCCUCUUCAGGAGACUUAUGUUGCUCUUAAGUCACGCAAGGAUGUUAUUAAUUUGAGAUUAUUGUCUAACUUUUGUCGCGGGUAUCAGGUGCUACCCAACAGGACUCAUCCAGAAAUCACUACCAAUGACUUAGGUGGUUACCUUUUAGCUGGAUAUUUAGUUAGCUGA